AUGACGGCGGAGACACAGGAAAUUUGCCCGCCCGCAGCGUUCCGCAGUGCUUUCUUGGGGAUUACUCGAACUGACAUGCCUCACUUUCCUAAGGGUACUGGAUUCGAGAUGGAUUCAGACGGCGCAGAGCGGAACAUCAAGUCCAGCUCAGUGCAACCAUCCCCUGCCAUGAGAGUGAAAAACCGUCGCAAGCGCUAUCUGGACAUGCAUCCGGAGUACUUCUCCGCUGAUCUCGAGGUUGCCGAAAGAGAAGCCGAAGGGAGAGCAAAAGGGUUCUCCGGUAUUCUUCAAGCGGACUUGCAGCGCUCGGAGGCCAGGCUUGAUGCUCUCCAUAAUCCCAACCCCAACGCGAUGUCCAGCUAUAGUCGUGGUCCAAGUGGUGAAAUCAUUGCGGAGGACGCGGACGAGAUACCCACAAAUAAAGAGGAAGCCGAAAAGCUUUGGCGCUGGGAAAUGACGAUGCGCUUUCUGAAAGGGGAAGAUUGCGACUUUGACUAUACGCAAGUUGACGAGAAUGACGAAUAUGAUGAUCAGACUGAGGAGCAGGAACGUUACUUUGACGACGAAGAGCCUGAGUGGAUGGUUGAGGGGGCUGAUGAUGGGGAUAUCAAGUCCCGCUUGCAGGGAGAGACAGGCAUACAGGAUUUUUGA